CGCCCAUGCUGCGCGUCGUAUCCACCCUCCGCCCGCUCCUCCGGAGUCCCCUCCUCCCGGGCCCUAAACCUCUCCCCCGUCCCCGCCGGCUGCCGCGGCCGUUCCGCGCCCUCUCUUCCUCAGCACCGCUCGUGGCCUCACCGCCCAGCGCGCCCGGGGUGGAUGGGAUCACCGAAGAGCACCUCGUGCGGUGCGCGGCCGCAGGGAGGGCGCCGCUGCGGGUGGCCGUGCUGCUGAGCGGCGGGGUCGACAGCAGCGUCGCGCUCCGCCUCCUCCACGCCGCGGGGCACAGCUGCACCGCCUUCUACCUCAAGAUCUGGUUCCAGGAAGAUUUCAGGAACUUUUGGUCCGAGUGCCCGUGGGAUGACGAUCUGAAGUAUGCGCAAGCUGUGUGUGACAAGAUUGAUGUGCCAUUGGAGGUGGUACAUCUAUCUGAUGAGUAUUGGAACCAUGUGGUAUCUCAUAUUAUAAACGAGUACCGCAACGGGCGUACUCCGAACCCUGACGUUCUCUGUAACACGAGAAUAAAGUUUGGAGCUUUCUUAGAAGCAAUUGAAAACUUGGGAUUUGAUUACAUUGCUUCUGGACAUUAUGCACAUGUAGUCCAUCCAUCUGUUCAGAAUGUUGAACGGUCAUCAGAGCUCCAACUUUCGAAAGACAAGGUCAAGGAUCAAACUUAUUUCCUCUCACAUCUCUCUCAACCCCAGCUUAGAAGGCUUCUUUUUCCAUUAGGCUGUAUAACAAAGGAUGAAGUGCGCAGUCUGGCUGCUGAGAUGGACCUUCCUAACCAAAGUAGAAAGGAUUCCCAGGGGAUAUGUUUUCUUGGAAAGGUCAAAUUUAGCGAGUUUGUUGAAAGACAUAUUGGAGAAAUGGAGGGUAUACUUCUUGAAGCUGAAACUGGAGAUUACCUAGGGACACACCGCGGGUUUUGGUUCUAUACAAUUGGUCAGAGACAAGGCCUGCGCCUUCCUGGAGGACCUUGGUAUGUGGUUGAGAAAGAUGUGAAAAAUAAUGUGGUUUUUGUAUCGAGAAAUUAUUAUUCACUGGAUAAGAGGAGAAGAACAUUUCGUGUUGGAUCCCUAAACUGGUUUGGCAAUUUUGGGCCGACAAACAAUGAACAGCUCAAAUGCAAGGUACGGCAUAGUCCUGAAUUUCAUGAUUGCACCGUCUCAAAUGAGCAAACUGAAGAAAACGGAGAUGUUCUGGCAGUGCAUCUGUCUGAAGACGAUCAAGGUUUAGCAGCUGGCCAGUUUGCAGCGUUCUACCGUGACGGCACAUGCCUAGGGUCAGGCAUAAUCUUGGAUUCCUGGGAUGAGAUGAGCUUCCCUGUCUGUGCAAAGGCACUAGAAACCGCUAGGAUGGAUGACAAGUCCAAGCUGGGGAAGCCUGUAAGAAUUGUGAACUUGGAACAUAUGGUGAAGCCAGAACCGAAGCCUGUCAAGGUCGCUUGACAAGACGCGGGCUCUUGCAUCCUUCUCAUGAUUACAUCUGUGAAUCCGUGACCCUGCAAAGGUAUAUGUCGACAAUUUUGGCACGCCCCUACAAAUGCAAGCACCAGGGAAGCUCCAGAAACCACCGUUAUAUGGUGGUUACCUCACUCAUGGUCUCCUGGUGGUUCUUGAAAAGGUGGCAUCCAUUGUCGAGUGUGCUUUUCAGAGGAGAAAAGCUGCCUGUGGAUAAAAGAGGCAGUCGAG